AUGGAAGGGGACACUCUGUCAGUGCCUCGCUGGUCCCCACAGAUCCCUCGGAGAGACCUGGGAAACUCCAUAAAACACAGGUUUUCCACCAAGUAUUGGAUGUCUCAGACAUGCAUAGUGUGUGGAAAAGGAAUGUUGUUUGGACUUAAAUGUAAAAACUGCAAGCUGAAGUGCCACAACAAAUGUACCAAAGAAGCCCCGCCUUGCCAUUUACUGAUCAUCCAAAGAGGAGGAGGAAGUAACCCCCUCAAAGAUCACCAAGGAAAUCAAGCUCGUUUGGUACGGACUGAAUCGGUACCAUGUGACAUCAACAACCCGCUCAGGUACACAGACCUGCACAUCAGUCAGACGCUGCCCAAAACCAACAAAAUCAACAAGGAUCACAUCCCUGUCCCAUACCAGCCAGACUCCAGCAGUAACCCCUCCUCCACCACCUCCUCCACCCCUUCCUCACCAGCUCCACCCCUCCCUUCCAGUGCCACCCCUCCCUCCCCCCUACACUCCUCCCCACAGUCAGCACGGCAACAGAAACAGUUAAACUUCACAGCUUCUUCUUACUUCAAAUACAAGCAGCAGUUCAUCUUCCCAGGCAUGGCCCUUGAAGCCCCCAGCAGAGCUCAGUAG